AUGGGCCUAUCCCAGCCAAUCGUGGUCGUAGGAGUUGUCAUCGCACACCUUGAGUCCUUGACAGCCACUAUCGUCACCGGAGUGAAUAUGAAAGAACCCAACCAGCGCGACUUCCUCCCAGACUACACGCUGCUAUUCGACGGACGGAUGCCUCAGAAUCACAGUUAUCCGGUGCCUCUUCAGACUAGACUAGUCUACUCUGCCAUCACGAACUACCCGCGUCAGUUUACCGACUACCAGUUACCACUCUACCGCUCUACCAACCAACGACCUCUCAGUACAUCCAAGAUGCUCCCUCAACUUUCCCUCCUAGCCCUUCUCCCCCUCGCCAUCACAGCGACCCCCAUCUCCGCGCCUCCCGCUGGAGUCACACCUACCCCUGGCGUCAUGAUCGACGAGAUUCACGUCGACUGCCCGAACGACGCAGCCCAGCAGGCUUACAACCAGUGCUACAAUGACAGCGCGCCCCAGAACUGCGGUGACAAGCCUGGUCCCGACAAGAAGAUCUGCGAUCAGCUGUGGCAGAUCUGGUGCGGACAAGGUGCCGGCUGCAAUGUCACAGAGUCCUAA